AUGGCUACUGUCCGUGAGCCACCUCCGUGGGCGAGUGCCCCUCAACUUGAUUUCCAACUAUUCAAAAAUCCAACCAAAAUGGCAAGAUCGUACCACUCAUUAGGGGUCAGUGUGAGAAGGCUGCUGAUGCAAAAAUCAAACGAAGAAGGAGGCACUAAUUUUGUGAAGGAGGUCCAAAUUACCGGCUCUAUUGAUUUUGUUCAUGCAAUUCUGGAGUUAACAACCACACCAAGCUAUUUCAUCAUCAACAUGAUUCCACCUCCUGACAUAGAAGAUCACACACAUUUGCAUAGGGAGCUUAAGUUAUUGUAUGAUGCAAGCUCGAUGUAUAAGCUUGGCUUCUCUGCAAAUGUUGUUUGGCAUGUUUUCAAAGAUGCAAUUUUGCCAGGAGUUGAAAAACAACAGGAAGAGAAGUACAAUGUUGAAAGGCUUGACUUCGACGGUAGUUAUAAAGACAUUGGGGUGGACUUCAGGGAAUUGAUUACCGGUUUUGAUGGGCAGCUGGAUACCUACAAAGUAUUGGUAGAUCUUGCUCAUGCAACUCGUAAACAAAUAAUCAAAGCCUCGUGCCGCAACGUGGUCACCAUUUCCGAACCAAUGCGAUUUCCAAUCCUAUUCAAGCUACACGUCACAAACUUUCAGGAAGGUAAUCUGUGUGCUGUAUUAGAUGCUUCAGUCAAGAAAGAUGAGACAUAUCGGAAUAUAUCUUCUCAUUUCAACGACUGGAGCAAUUACUCUGAGAGAUGCAGAAAAGGAAGGGUACAGUUUGCUGCAGAAUGUGAAAGGUUUUACCAAGAGCUACGCAAGGACCUAAUACCAGGAAUUCCAACUUUUGAUGCUUUGCUAACUUUUGUGGUUCUUUUGUCAAAUAAAGACCAUAAAAAAAUUCAUAAGCAAGAGCAGUCUGCAAAGCACAUCAAACAUUCUUCUGUAAACCCAGAUGAUCGCAGUAAGGGUGGUCGGGAUGAGGACCCUCCGAGUGAUAAAGAUGAGAAUAAUCAAGAAAGACAGAAGAACAAGGAUACCUCUUCAGCUUGGUUUUUUGAGUCCCAUGUGAUGCCAUACCAUUGGAUUGGAAUGACGACAAAGGUGAUGAUAUGCGUGCCGGCGGACUACAACAUGCAGCUGCUCGAUGCCAUCUACUACAACUUCAUUGACGCUCUCCCAGUGGUCAGCUAUUGCUCAGAGAACAUUAAGCUUCUGUUCUACUUUACCUCUGAGAUAUGUGGCAAGAUCAUCGGCCGCUUCAUCGCCAAGGAUCAUCCCCACCAUAAGGAAACUGAUUUUUUCGAGCUGAAAGUUGGCGAGUCACCCUACAUCUUUGGUCCAAUUGUGAAGCAGAGGCGAUCCUACUCAUGUGUGACGCCGCUUAUUUUCUCUGAGGAUUUAGAAAAUGAUUUUGAAUUCACGGUUGUGAGGCCUUUCAAUUGGACUGGACCAAUGAUGGACUUCAUUCCUGACACUGAUGGUCCCAGGGAGGGCGUUCCACGGGUUUUGGCUUGCUUCAAUAAAAAUCUCCUCCGCAGAGAGACCUGGAAGCUUGCUGAUGGCGGGAAUUCUCAGAGAACUUAUGUUUGCAUCAAGGAAGCCAUUGAUGCAGCUCUUCUUUUGAUGAUUGAAACCUGCUCGAGCCAUUCUCCUAUCUCCAUUGUGUGGAAUCCCAACAUAGCCACUGCUAUGGAAUUUGCUAAAAUGAUAACAGACAUAAGCCACUUUUGA